GUGUCCGCGUUUCCCUGUUUUGAUGGGUCAGGACAACAGCCCGCCGGAGUUCCCGCAGGAUUAAACGCUCGGAUCGCAGUAACCCGCCCUGAGACGAGAGCUGGCCGGCGGGAGGAGCUUCAGGACCCGGCAGGUUUUGGGUUGGCUUGGAGUUUUCCUCGUGGAGUCUUAGCGUGACGCAUGCGCCUUCACCUCGCCCUGGAUCUCCAUCCCCACCGCACAGAGGGAACUUGAAGCGUUACCUGCUUAAAGGCGCCGCUGGCUGUCAUACACAGUGAUAGACGCUCUUUCCUCAUUAACCCCUAAAACAGAAAGUUUUAAAGGGAAAACAAACAUUGUGUUAUUCUGUUGAAAGAGGCGGAACUGUGAGAUAAAUCUAGAAAUAAUUCUAUGGGGAGGGAUUAGGUCCAAUUACCAGGAAUAAGACCGCGUGCUGCUGCUGAAGAUGCGGAAACAACAGCAGCUGUCGAAGUCUGGAUUUUGGUCCAUGUCCAUUUGUGAGCGAGGAGCGGCAUGUCCAAGUUUAAGAGUAAACAUGCUCGAAGUUGUACUCAGAGGACAUGAAGUUUUUCUGCCCGGGAUGUCCUCCGUGCUAUGAAUCGACUCAGUCUCUUUCCACUCCUCGGAAUUUACGGGUUUUCUUUGGAGCCGAGCCACCAUGUCAAAAGUCAUUCAGAAGAAGAACCACUGGAUAACAAAAGUGAACGAGAGCGCGGUCAUCCGGGACGAGAACGGGGAGCUGAACGUGGAGCUGCACGGUGGAGCGGAGAACGGAGAGUUUGCGUACAUUGGACAGAUCAGAGAGGAUGCUGUGGUUUAUCAGGACGGGAAACUGUCUGCGGGAGAACUGCUCCUGGAAGUUGAGGGGCUGUCAGUGUCUGGAUUACCUCUUUAUGACAUCUACACUGUAAUCAACUGCUGCAAAGGACCCGUCAGGCUAAAAACUGUUCGUCAAGGUCAUAAGCUCAACAAGGAUCUGAAGCACUUCUUGAGCUUGAGGUUUCAGAAAACGUCACCUGACCAUGAGUUGCAGAAGACUAUCCGUGCCAAUUUGUACCGCCAUGCUGUGCCUUGUACGACCCGUCCCCCUCGAGACGGAGAGGUUCCAGGGUUGGAUUACAACUUUUUGUCUGUGGAGGACUUCCUACAACUGGAGGAGAGUGGCACACUACUGGAAGUAGGAACAUAUGAUGGUAACUAUUAUGGGACCCCAAAGCCUCCAAGGCAGCCCAUCAUUGGGACAGUGACUCUCAGUGAUGCGGGUUCCCAUCCGUCUACCCCGAAGCGCACCAAGUCCUACCAUGACAUGCAAAAAGUCCAUGUAGUGCCUGCUGACGAUGACGAUGACGACCAGGCCACGGAAAUGAACAACAGUUUUACAGGAUCCUUAGUGCGUAGUCUGUUCCCUUCUCCUUUGUUGUGCACAGGUAACCCUAACGACCAGGACGAGAGCCGCAGCGGCAUCCUCCGGCCGUACCCCGUGCGUGAGAAUCCUCUACCCUGUGGUCUGAACAAUGCAGCCACUUCUACUGCAGAGAGCGGGCAGCAGACGCUUGCAGAGCCCCAAGUCUCUCCAGAGGACCCUCUGGGACCGCUGCCCGAAAACUGGGAGAUGGCCUACACAGAGAACGGGGAACUGUACUUCAUAGACACGGCAAAGACUCUCCACCAGGACAUGGCUGUGUGUUUUCAGAGCUUCCACAACACAAAGACCACAUCCUGGCUGGAUCCUCGGUGUAGAGACAAAGCCCCACGGCCUCUGGAAGAGUGUGAUGAUGAUGAAGAAGGGAUACAUACGGAAGACCUGGAGAGUGAUCUAGAGCUGCCUCCAGGAUGGGAGAGAAUAGAUGACCCAGUGUAUGGAGUGUAUUAUGUUGACCAUAUAAACAGGAAGACCCAGUAUGAGAACCCAGUGUUGGAGGCGCGGCGUCAAAAAAUCCUGGAACAGCAGCAACCGCCGCAGCCUCCAGAAGGUGAGCGGUAUAUCCGAGAGUGGAUAGAGGAACACUCAUCAGCAGCAGCUCCACUGGCAAGCUAUGCUCCAAACCACCUGGAGACCUACAGGGACCCACAAGUCCCACCUGCUCUACCUCCUGGCCCGGUUGGAGUUAAGAGAGGGAAACCUUUCUUCACCAGAAAUCCUGCAGAGCUAAAAGGAACCUUCAUCAAUACCAAACUGAAGAAAAGCCGCCGUGGAUUCGGCUUCACAGUGGUUGGAGGUGACGAGCCCGAUGAGUUCCUGCAGAUCAAAAGUCUGGUGCUGGACGGGCCUGCAGCUGUGGAUGGCAAAAUGGAGACAGGUGACGUAAUUGUCAGUGUGAAUGACACCAUCGUGCUGGGCUACACUCAUGCACAGGUAGUGAAGAUUUUCCAGUCCAUCCCUAUUGGCUCAAUGGUGGACCUAUCCUUAUGCCGCGGCUAUCCGCUGCCAUUUGACCCCGAUGACCCCAACACUAGCCUAGUGACAUCUGUGGCAAUCUUGGAUAAAGAGCCGAUCAUUGUCAAUGGACAAGAGACUUUUGACGCACCCACCAAUCAGUCUGGACCCAUCAAUGGAAUGCGAGAGCCACGGCCGCACAGCCCCCUGGCCGAGGUGGCCUCCAACGGUUCACACAGCUACUCCAGUGAUGUGGUCACCCUGGCUUCAGCCAUUGCCACCCAGCCAGAGCUGAUCACCAUCCACAUGGAGAAGGGAGACAAAGGAUUUGGGUUCACCAUCGCUGACAGUCUGACGGGAGGCGGACAGAGGGUCAAGCAAAUAGUGGACUAUCCACGAUGCCGUGGCCUGAAAGAGGGGGACAUCCUGAUGGAGGUCAACAAGAGAAAUGUCCAGAAUAUGAGCCACAACCAAGUGGUGGAUCUGCUCAGCAAAUGUCCGAGAGGCAGCGAAGUCACCAUGUUAGUGCAAAGAGAAAACCUGGAGGAAGGACUAUUCACUCAAUCCGUGUGGGCUCAGCUUGGAGUUACCAAGGCCACAGCCUCAGCAGCUCUGAGAAGCGUGGUGCCAGCCAAGAGAAGCCCAAAGCUGAUGCACCAGUUGGAGAGAAAGGACAGUCAGAGCAGCUCCCAGCACAGCGUGUGCAGCCAUCGCAGCGCCCACACCGACUCUCCUAGCCACCCACCCUCUGCCAUGCCCAGUGAGGCAGUGGUCCCAACUCCAGCAGCUCCCACACAGCCUCUGCCGGUCUUGCCCCCCCAGGACCCGGCAGAUGGCACUCUCACCCUCCAGAAGAAGCCAGACCCUUUCAAGAUCUGGGCCCAGUCCAGGAGCAUGUAUGAAAGUCGACUGCCAGAUUGCCAGGAGCAAGACAUUUUCCUGUGGCGAAAGGAUACUGGUUUUGGCUUCCGCAUUUUGGGAGGAAAUGAGCCUGGAGAACCUAUCUACAUUGGCCACAUAGUGAAGUACGGGGCUGCAGAUGAAGAUGGCCGCUUGCGUUCUGGUGAUGAGCUCAUCUGUGUGGACGGCACAGCAGUAGUGGGAAAGUCGCACCAGCUGGUGGUUCAGCUGAUGCAGCAGGCUGCCAAACAGGGUCAUGUCAACCUCACGGUCAGACGCAAGACCCCCGGAUACGGAGUGUCAAAGGGAGAAGGUGACGUUCCCCCAUCGCCGGCCUCCUCACACCACAGCAGCACCCAGGCUCCCAGCCUAACAGAAGGCAAGCGGACCCCUCAGGGGAGUCAGAACUCACUGAACACAGUCAGUUCUGGCAGUGGAUCUACCAGCGGCAUAGGCAGUGGUGGUGGAGGCGGCAGCGGGAGCGCCGUGAUUCCGGCCUCUCUGCAGCCUUACGACGUGGAGAUCCAGCGGGGAGAAAACGAAGGAUUCGGUUUUGUGAUUGUGUCGUCCGUCUCCCGGCCUGAUGCUGGCACUACAUUCGCUGGAAAUGCUUGUGUGGCAAUGCCCCACAAAAUAGGCCGCAUCAUAGAGGGGAGCCCAGCGGACCGCUGUGGGAAGCUGAAGGUCGGGGAUCGGAUUCUGGCCGUUAACGGUUGCUCCAUCACGAACAAGUCGCACUCGGACAUUGUCAACCUGAUCAAGGAGGCUGGCAACACCGUCUCACUCAGGAUCAUUCCGGGCGAUGAAUCUUCCAAUGCUUCUCUGCUGACUAAUGCAGAGAAAAUAGCUACCAUAACCACCACACACACACCUCAGACCACAGAGUCACGGAAUCAUUCGAAGUCAAAAGGUGCUCCUCCUCUACCUCCUACACAAACUCAAAUGCAGGAUGCCGAGUACUAUUCUGUGGACCUGGAGAGAGACAGCAAAGGAUUUGGCUUCAGCCUAAGAGGAGGCCGGGAAUACAACAUGGACCUUUACGUGCUGAGACUAGCCGAGGAUGGGGCUGCUGUCAGAAACGGCAAGAUGAGGGUGGGAGAUGAGAUUCUGGAGAUUAACGGUGAGAGCACAAAGAACAUGAAGCAUUCCCGAGCCAUUGAACUGAUCAAGAACGGAGGUCGGAGGGCACGACUUGUCCUGAAGAGAGGCGAUGGAUCAGUUCCUGAAUAUGACGGCAGCAGUGACGGGCACCCUCCCGCACCCAGGGCACAAAACACUGCGGAAGUGAGAACGUUGGCACCAAAAAGCCGAUACCACACCUCAUUGGAGUCCAGUUAUCCACCAGACCUUCACAAACCAUCACGCCUGGAGGAGGCUGCACGUGGCCGAGGUAUGGACAAAAACAGGGACUGGGCUGGCUCGGAUCUGAUGGACUUCCACGGCCGGCAGUUUAAUCCCCAUCAUCAUCACACCUGGAAUAACAGUCACAGUCAAAGUACCCUCCGACAGCAGUCUCCCGACAACAGCAACGACAGCAGCGCUGGCAACAAGAAGAGCCGAGGCCGCAAAGUCAAGAAGUCUGAAUCAGAGAGCGGUAUCUCCAAGCUCCUGAAAACUCUGAGGAAGGACAACUCGGGAAAGAAGACUGCUGCUGCCGAAAAACUGCAAGGUCGAGAGCUCUCGAGCAGCAGUUCUACCCUGGACAGAAGGUAUCAGUUGCACCGUCGUGGCUCCCUCGAUCGCUCACCAACCAGGAAGCGCAACUCGUCUCCAGAUCGUCGGCGGGCGAAAUCCAUGGACCGCAGGGCAGAGCGUGCACACCGGGACCACACACCGGAGAAGGAGUACGAUGAUGGAGGUUUCCUCUCGGUCACCCCUGAGCGGAAACUCUUCGAACGGAAGCUCCUCAAGGAGUCCCAGGUAGCUGGACGAGUGAGUGAGUCGUCCACCCCGGACCGCGUCAACAACAGAGGGGAUUCUCUCCCCAGAGGCCGUGCGUAUGAGAAAGCUACUAAGAAUGGCAAUCUUCUGAGAGACUCUUCCUCGGAGAGGAAAGAGGAGAGACACCGGAUGAACGGGACAAUAGAGAGGCGAUACAGAUCGGAGCGGGACUCUUCCCCUGACAGCAACUAUAGCCGGGAUGAGCUGAACUAUGCAGCAGCGCCCAGACUGAAGGACUAUUACAGUAUGAUGAAGAACAACGCUGGACACAACAACGCUACCUACAACAAGACAGGACCCAUCAAUAACGCCGGAGGCCGCAGCUCAAACCAGAUCCCUGAGCCCAAGAGAAGGCUGUACAAAGAUAAUUCUAAAGACCUCAGUAUCUAGAGGGAGGAGAGUACCCUCACUGCUCUCUCCUCUGUCCGUGCAAACUAUGUAACAUGCACUGGAAUUGGACUUGUAAACAAUACUAACUCUUACUCUUCAUUUGGUUGAAUUGUUUAUGAAUUGAUUUGAUUGACUAAACUACUUGUGGUCCCAUCUAGAGAUUUAUAAAAACAGCAGGAGUACAAUCCCUCUAUCAGUUUAUACUGGUUGUGUUGUCAUUGUUCUUGUUAUUUUGAGCAUAACAGAGGUUGUUGUACUGUAGUAAAGGUAUUGUAUGUGCCUGCAUAUGAAAUCAGUGAUAUUGCUUUUUGUAGGCAUUUUUGACUUUAAAUAUUUGUUCCCUUCAAAGGUCUGAAUAAUGCUUCCAUUUGUGGUAAAUCCUAAAUCUUGAGCUUGUUUUUGAAAUUGCUUUAGGUGUCCUUUUCACUCCUGAAUUACCGACACGAUAGCUGCUGAUGGUUCACAAGAACUGUGGAAGUAAAACAAAGCUCUACAUUUAAAUUGGAUGGUGAAACUAGAGCAUUAAAUUAUAAAUAGUAAUAAUAUAUAAAAUUUCUAAUUUUGCUCUAUUUAUUUUGAAUUUCACUCACAUCUUGAGUGAGCCUAAUUAAAUCUUUAAGGGCUGAGGUGGAAGUGUAGGCAUGCUAUACUUCAGUUUGUGUUGCAUCAUUGUUUGACAGCCCAUAUUAUUCCUAACAGAAAUUAUUUUUAGUGACUCUGAGGCCCUUUCUACACUAACAGACGUUUUCUGCUGUGCUUCUACCUACCAUUCAUAAAGUUUUCGAUUAAAAACUACAAAUAAAAAAAGCACUCUAAAGCAAAUAUUUGUUAAAUCUUCCUCUCCGGUGGAGGAUAUAGGAAACAAUGACCUAGAGAAACACUUUACAUAGACCUGAUACACAUUUCUUUUCUUUUAACCAUGGCAUCAAUAGAGCCAAUUAAAUGUGUCUUUUUUUCAAAAGAAGGCAGAAGCUAAAGAACAUAUUUUCUAAUUAUUAUAGCUUUUCCUUUUCAAAUAUGUUCAGCCUUAUAUCUCAGAGUAGAUCCAUUCAUUCCAUACAUUUUUGAAUAGAUCUUAAGCAGUUUAGCUUUGAUUUGAGUUUUUGGUAAUCAGAAGGUGAGUUUUUGGUAAGAGAAAGUGAAGAAUAUGAAAAAGUCCAGUGUGAGCUAGAAAUGUGUUUACUCUGGAUAUGUGGUGAUUAACCAAAAUUGUGAAUUAGAAUCUGACUUUUCAAUUGCCUGCGGUUCCUUUCUGUGCUAAAAACUGUGACAACAGGGGGUGCUUAUUCUUUCCCACAUUGCUCUUGAUUUGUCGGGACUCUCCUCCCAUUCAGCUUCAAAUGUAAGCUUAAGAAGAUCUGAGGGCAAAGGAUAAACUCAGUGAAAGGAAAUGUGAUCCAGUUGUUUGGAAAGAAUCUUUAUCCUAGUGCCGCUUUAACCAGGAUUAAUAUUUUUAAAUUGUCAUUAAUGCUAGUAUUUUCCCCACCUGCUGGCAAAGCACAGUUACUACAACACUUAAAAGCUGUACUACUAGAUACAGAUAGAUUUUUUAACAAAGGACAAAAACAUUGGAAAUAUCUAGAGUAGUACAGCUGGGGCCUGAGACUUUUUGUUUUAACCAAAUGACUAGUUUUGCCCUUCUUCAAACUGAAACAGCCUCUUUCAACUACAUCCAGAUCUGUUCAUAAAAGACUGAGUUUUCCAAAUUUCUCAAAAAUCCUGUGUAGUAAUUUAGAGAAGUCAGCAAUUUUGCCAUACUGCCAGCUGAAGCUGCCAUAAAGUAAGUUUGUUCAAAUAUGCCAAAAAAAAAAAAUCAUUUAUUAUCCCUGUGCAAGAUGCAUGUGUAAGUUAAAAUGUAGUGUAACAACCUUGUUAGGCCUAAAGAAACACUGUAAUCCCCAACACUUAUUUCUAGCCCAGUUCUCAUAUUUAUUUCACUUAUUGUUCAUCCUCUGGGCCCUGACACGUUGAGCUGAUGAGGUUUACUGGCAUGGUAGCGUACAGUGAGUCCUGGUAGACAAGACAACUAUUUCUGCCACUCUGAGCCACACUGUCACGCCACUGAAGUCUGACUGCUGCUUUUUCAUGUUUUUGUUUUUGUGCGAUUAUUCUCUGUUUUAUGUUUUGUUUGAAAACUCGAACUAUAUAUUGGAUGAACCACAACAAAUGCAUUGUUUCAUCACUGGUGUCACUAUGGUACUGUAUCCAAUAAAAACACAAAACCAAACAAAAAAUGAGAGAGGGAGAGAUAGAGUCACAGUUAGGAAGUUUGUCAUCACCUGUAAAGAGAUUUUCUCUCCCAGUGUAACUACAAGGAACUUGUCAAGGAAUAAAAUGUUGCCUUUUUUCUUGCACAAAACAGAAAUUUAUGAAGAACCUCUGCAGUGAGGAAUGUGAUAUUGUGUUUAUAUCUCUGAAAUGGACCUGACAAUUUAUGGUAAAUAUGUUGAUUUACUCUGGGUCAGGUAUAUAAAGACAUUUUAAAAAUGAAAGACUGUAUUUGGUCAAUCAACAGCUGUUAAAUGGUCUGAAUCUCUCUAUGGUUAGCCUGCCUUUGUAUUAUAAAGCACUUGUAUGCAGUCUGUGUUCUUCAAGCAUUAUUUCUUGCAGUGUGCUCCAGACAUAAUGCUGUCUCUGUGUUGAUAAAAGCAGUACAUGUAUAUGGGCCAAUCUUUUUUUAUAUAACUAUGCAUAUAUAAAUACUACAUUGUCCAUAGCUUUAUUUGACCCAUGAAGCUAUACAUAACAUUAGUCAAAGUAAAAGUAGAUGUGGACUUAUCCAGCUUCUUUUCCUUCAGAUGGAUUACAAUGUAUAUGUAGCUAUCAAAAGAAGUCUGUGGAUGCUAUUUUUAUUAUCAAAUAAAGUUUUGCAUACAAAUUCAAAA